AUGGCGUCGUUCGCGGUUCAUCUGAUUGAUAAAGUAACGAGGAAGAAGGUUGAGAGAAAGAAAAUCGAGACAGUCAUUUUGAAAGAGCCACAUAUGAAGAGCCCAUUACAAAACAGGUGGGGUCUUUGGUUCUACAAGAAUGAUAAGAGCAAAAUGUGGCAAGACAAUCUCAGGCUCAUCACAAAGUUUGACACCGUUGAGGACUUCUGGGCAUUGUACAACAACAUACAGCUGCCCAGCAAACUCUCCUCUGGGUGUGACUACUCUAUGUUCAAGGAUGGCAUAGAGCCCAUGUGGGAAGACCGCAGUAAUAAAUGUGGUGGCCGCUGGUUGAUUACUCUUGCCAAGCAGCAUAGACAUACUGAACUUGAUCGUUUCUGGUUGGAAACGCUUUUGUGUCUUAUUGGAGAGGGCUUUGGCUCCUUCAGUCGGGAUGUCUGUGGAAGUGUAAUCAAUAUACGGGCCAAAGGGGACAAAAUUGCCAUCUGGACCGCCAAUGCUGAGAACUGUGAGACUGUUACAUACAUUGGUCAAAAGUAUAAAGAGAGUCUUGGCCUCCCACAGAAGCUUGUCAUUGGAUAUCAAGCCCAUGCAGACACCGCAACUAAAAGCAACUCCAUAACGAAGAACAAGUUUGUUGUUUGA